AUGCGUCGCUACCAGGGUGUCCUCCCUUGGUCUAUUUUGCUAGCUUCAAUUGGAGGAGCACAGGCGAAGCUGGACUUAAACUCGACCAGCAACAUCGUUGUUUACUGGGGCCAAAAUUCUUUUAAUGGAAAGGGCGAUAAGGCACAGCAGCCUCUGGCAUACUACUGUGAUAAUGAUGACAUUGAUGUGAUACCGAUGGCCUUCAACAUGAUGGUCAAUGGCCCAGGAGGCGCUCCAGAGAUUGAUUUAUCUGUUACCAGCAAGGACUGCGAUGUCUUCGAGGGUACCCAGUUGAAGAACUGUCCUUCAGUUGCUAAGGACAUCGCGACCUGCCAAAAGAAGAACAAGACAAUUCUUCUUUCAAUCGGUGGAGCCACGUACAGCGAGGGCGGCUUCAAGUCUGAACAAGAUGCCAAGGACGGCGCGAAGUUGAUGUGGGAGACCUUUGGCCCCAAGCAAGAUGGCUCCAAAUCCCUUCGUCCCUUCGGUGACGUCGCCCUAGAUGGGUUCGACUUCGACUUUGAGGCCAAUGUCCAACACAUGGCCCCAUUUGCCAACGAGCUGCGCUCAUUAAUGGAGGCAGAUAAGAGCAAGCAGAAGUUCUACUUGACGGCAGCACCGCAAUGCCCCUACCCAGACCAGGCAGACAAAGAGAUCCUCAACGGUCCUGUCUACAUCGACGCUAUCUGGGUGCAGUUCUACAACAACUAUUGCGGGGUCAACAACUUCAACACCGACCCCUCAAGCAGCAAAUACAAUUUCGACGAGUGGGACAAUUGGGCCAAGAACGUGUCUAAGAACAAAGAUGUAAAGGUCCUUGUUGGGGUGCCGGCAUUCACUACGGCGGCGAGCACGGGGUAUAUCCCGGCAUCCGAGCUGGCCAAAGUGAUUGAAUACACGAAGAAGUUCGAGAGCUUUGGGGGUGUGAUGAUGUGGGAUGCCACACAGGCUUACGGUAACGAAGGGUUUAUCAAGGACGUUCGAAAAAGCCUGGGCCCUGCGCAUGAUUCCGGUUCGUCGUCGCCCGAUCCGGUGUCAACCUCGGCACCUGCCUCUACGUCCACUGACUCAACGAAGCCAACAACACUAACGACGUCGACGAAACCGACGACGACGUCUUCAUUUUCCAAUGCACCCGACUCCUCACACUCGGGUUCCUCCUCCUCAUCUGUUACUGCUUCGCCCAAGGGAGCUGAAGAAACCGCCACCACCACCACCACCACCACCAAGGAACAGAAGCCCACCGUUGCGACAUCAACUACUCUAGCCACUACGAGCACAGAUAACAAGCCCGAGAGUACUGAAGUGAAGCCGACUCUUGCUGCAACCACAUCUGCUCAGACAACUGAGGCUCCAAGCUCGACUACGGCUCUUAGCUCGACUACGGCUCCAACUUCAACUGCGGCUCCAACCUCGACUGAAGAUGACUCCGAAGAUGAUCCGGACAGCAUUCCUUUCAGCUCUAUCCUCGGUAACGACCUUCUAGGUUUGCUAGGUGGCCUCCGCAAGGCGAACAAGAUCACUAGCGGCGUCACUCAUGGCCUGACCAACAAUCUCCACCGUGGUCAGCGCCACCGUACCUGA